AUGCCUUUCACCAAGACAUAUUUUCUGUGUCCGACAUCCGAUUUCCUAUCUCCUCCGCCAAUCGGCCCGCUGUGUCUUGGAUCUAUAAUCCGAUCCACGUCAUUACCGCAAUACCCUCUGAACAGAGCAAGCGUUGUUGCCGUAGCUGAUGAAUUCCCACCUGUCGUGGAGACCGACUGGAAGAAGACAGUUUCAACGGAGACAGGACUCGGCUUGGGUGUCUAUGCACAAUUCCUACAGCUGGCUACUGGGGGACUGCCCCUUGGUCCAGAGGUGAAUGUUGAGUAUUCGAAAAGAGCGGCAAAUACGUUCGCGUUCGAUACUGUGACGACGUUGGCGUUCGAGCCGACCCAGGAAUACAUGGAAGAGGCCGUCAAGGCACCGGCCGUGCAGACAUGGCUGAGAGAACCUAGGCAAAGGUUCGCACUCUUCAGCGAGCUCUUCAUGGUCACGGGCAUGAAGCUCGUCAAGGGCGCCAAGAUCAAAUACUCGACUUCCCAGAGCACGACGGCAAAAGGGAACCUCGGCAUCGACGUGAGCGCGCUGGGAACGACCUUUGGACCAAAAGGCAACUGGAGUAGCAUGAAUGAUGAUGCGACGGAGUCAAAUCGCGAGUCAGAAUUUGUAUUUGCUUUCCGCGUGAAGAGGCUUAGGUUUGGGCGGAGACUAAAGCUCGAAGAGUACAAUAAGGGCGCUUUUAUGACUGUUGGUGAGAAGAAAUGUGACGACGAAUGUGUUUUAGUUGAAGACGUGGAUGGAGCUGAUAUCAGGACUGCUGAGGCUGUUCUCGAUUUAACCGAAAACGGCAGCGUCUAUUACGUUCCCGCUUAA